AAGUAUCAGAAGGGAUUAAGGGAAGGGAGCAUAGUUGUUUUGGGAUUGGAUUAGGACAGGUCCAGUGUUUGAAACUCAGUGCCGCCCUAUGAAACGUCUCGGCAGAGCUGCAGCUUCUCCUCCGCGUCCGCCUGGAGCUUGGAGUGUUGUUGUAUUGUAGUUCUCCACAGUGUUGUUUGAAGUGGGGUGUUUUUUUUCUCCUCAUAUUGAAUACAACACGCAGAGCGGUUUUACGUGUGUUUAUAGACAGUUGGAUAACUUUAAUAAGCAGUUUAAUUACUUGUUUUAUCGGGCAGGAUUUACUAAGUAAACACACUGAGAACUAAAAGUUGUGUGAAGGCUUCUCGGGGGUUUCAGGCGCUUCUGCAGCAUCAGUUUUUGUCUUUAUGUGACCUCGCCAUGGCGGAAGGAGCUUCUCUUUCCUCUCUUUCUUCUUUUUCUGGGGGAAUAAAUGCGAGUUCUUUGACCUCCCGGGUGAAGAAACCAAACAGCAGCAAUGUUCACGUGAAAGCGAGGAGGAACAGUCGACAAAGCCACAAAAGAGACAUUCACACUCGGGUUGUCCUGGAAAGAGUUCUGGGAAUCACCACAACCACCAACAGUGGUUUGGCCUGUGACCCAAAUACAGGCACUGUUGCAUACCCUGCAGGAUGUGUCAUUGUUCUCCUGAAUCCAAAGACAAACAAUCAAAGCCAUAUCUUUAAUACAUCAAGGAAAACCUUCAGUGCUUUAGCAUUCUCACAGAAUGGAAAAUAUUUGGUCACUGGUGAGAGUGGACACAUGCCCUGCGUGAGGGUGUGGGAUGUGGCAGAGCGUACUCAGGUGGCCGAGGUCCAGUGCCACAAGUAUGGAGUUGCCUGUGUUGCUUUUUCUACUAAUGGCAGCUACAUUGUGUCUGUUGGAUUUCAGCAUGACAGGACCGUCAGUGUCUGGGAGUGGAAGAAAGGGACCGUUAUUGCAUCAAAUAAAGUGUCUAGUCGUGUGUUGGCCGUCUCCUUCUCCGAGGACAGUAGCUACUUUGUCACUGCAGGAAACAGACAUGUGAAAUUCUGGUAUCUGGAUGCGUCCAAGGAAAGACGUGUGAACAGUACAGUGCCCCUGAUUGGUCGAUCAGGGUUGCUAGGAGAACACCAGAAUAGUGAAUUCUGUGAUUUGGUGUGUGGCCGUGGCACUAUGUCGAGCAGCACUUACUGUAUCACCCAUACUGGUCUGCUGUGUCAAUUCAACAGCAACCGGCAGCUGGAUUUAUGGGUUGAUCUCAAAACAUCGUCCGCCCGCUGUUUAUCUGUUAGUGAAUCUUUCAUAUUUUGCGGCUGUUCAGAUGGUACAGUGCGGGUUUUUAGCCCACAAAACCUGCAUUACAUCACCACGUUGCCCCAGCCUCACUGUCUAGGAGUGGAUGUCUCUCAGGGCAUGCAGCCUAAGCUAGAGGCAGAGUAUCCCGAUACAUUGGCGUUGACGCAUGACCCUGUGACCAGUCAACUGACGUGUGUCUAUAAUGACCAUAGUGUAUAUGUUUGGGAUGUACAUGAUGUCAAGAAUGUAGAGAAGGUCUACUCUUCCCUGUACCAUAGUUCUUGUGUCUGGAGUGUUGAGACCUACCCAGAGUUGGAAGAUUCCCCUGCAGCUUUGUUGCCUGGAUCUUUUCUUACCUGUUCAUCUGACAACACCAUUCGUCUUUGGAACAUUGAUUUACAGCAAAACCAGUCCCAAAGCUCUAACCACUACAGUCAGGACUUGGUGAAGAUUGUGUAUGUGGAUAAUGACACGGGGCACCUUAAGGCCCCACCAGACAAAGCUGAGGGUAAUCAAGAUGGCAAAUUUGGAAUCAGAGUCCUAGGAAUCAGCCCUGAUGGCCAGCACCUGGCAGUGGGAGAUCGGAGUGGAAACCUAAGAAUUUAUGGACUUCAGUUCAUGGAUGAACUUCUGAGGAUUGAGGCGCACGAUUCUGAGAUUUUAUGUCUGGCGUUCUCUCCCACCGAGACUGGUGUGCAUCUGUUGGCCUCAGCGGGUCGUGAUCGGCUCAUACAUUUAUUCAAUAUGGACAAAAGCUACAGUCUUUUACAGACUGUUUAUGACCAUUCAGCAUCUGUCACUGCCAUGAAAUUUACAGGUAUAGGUCCAAAGGUUUCCAUGGUUAGCUGUGGUGCAGACAAGAGCAUUUACUUUCGCUCUGCUGAAAAGACUUCCCAGGACCCGACUUUUUCAAGGUCACAUCAUGUGGUAGAGAAAAGUACAUUAUAUGAUAUGGACCUGGAUGCUACCCUCACACACACUGCCAUUGCCUGCCAAGACCGCAACAUAAGAGUAUACAAUGUGAAGAGUGGCAAGAUGAAAAAGUGCUUUAAGGGAUCCUUGACUGAUGAUGGCCCAGUUCUUAAGGUUCAACUUGAUCCAUCUGGGAUGUUCUUGGCCACCAGCUGCUCAGACAAAAGCAUCUGUGUUUUUGAUUAUGAGACAGAAGAGUGUGUGGCAACGCUAUUUGGACAUUCUGAAAUUGUGACUGGUAUGAAAUUCAGUCCAGACUGCAAGCAUCUAAUCACUGUCUGUGGUGAUAGCUGUGUGUUUUUCUGGCGACUGUGUUCUCAAAUGACCAACUCGAUGCGAAAGAGACUGGCAGAGAGGAAACGGAGAGCAGGAUUGAGGAACCUGAACAGAGUAUCAUGCAAACAACAAGCAAUCAGGAGAGAAACCUACAUCACUGUUCCAUGCAGUGGACUAGCUGAGCCAAAAGCAGGACAAUCAAACAGUUUGUUUGAGGAAAAGGAGGAAGAUCACAAGACUCCAGGCAGGCUAGGCACCGAAGUAGAGAGUCUGGAUUUUAUGAUGCCACAGACCAAUGGCCGACUCCCUAUGUGGGCCCGCAGAUUGGGUGCUGGAGUUGGCAGCAGUAGCAGUGUGGUAUCACAGAAAGUCCCUCAGUAUCAACCACAGGGGCGCUGGGCUGCACACGCUGAUCCAUUUGCUAUUCGUUCAGUACUGGAGACCAGGAGCCUACAACUCCCUCUAUCCGACACUCCCUGCCGAGGAGAGGAGGACGAGAACGAAUGUGUAGAAGAAAAAGAGGGACAUGAAGUGGACUUUCAUCCUCAGAGUCUAGACAGUCUUUUAGAUGAAGAAGAAGAGAGUGGUGAUAUUGAUGAAGAGGACAUUGGGAGGGUGUCUGAACAGUUUAGUUCUGUGCUUCAGGACACAGACUUGCAGUAUUUUAGCCCAAGACUCAGUUCUUCUGAGAACAAUGAUUGUUCUCUGUACCCAGCCAACAGCACUACUCUCUCUACAGUAGGAGGGGGAGAGUUUGAUGUGAAGGCACUUUGCGACGAUGCUGAAAUUCACCCAGAAGAAGAGGAGCUGAGUCCUGACAGUGCCUGCUCUGCUGAAAGUGACCAGAUGCAGAGUGACCAGGCCCACGACCAGGACACUGACUCGCUCAGUCAGGAAAGCUCCAUGGGUAGUUCUGGAGUGGAGGAAGAGGAGGAAGAAGAGCCUGCAAAUCUACUGCGCCAACACUAUGACUCCUUAGCAGUGGGAACUAAUGAAAAGUUUAACACAGACCUGCGCAACCUGCAGCCUUCCAGUGAGAACUUCCUCAACCCACGUCUAAGCCUUUCUACCCGUUUUCUUUCCCGCUUCCAGAGCCGUAUACGUGGUACAACUGUAGGAAGCAGUGUUGUGUGCAGACCCAGAGCGCACCUGCCUAGUAUUCCAGAUGAGUCCAGCAGCAUCAUGGAGAAAACAGAGGACAAUUCACAACUAAAUUCUAAGGCCUUAAAUUCAAAUGCCAUAAGAAGUGAUCAGAAGAAAAGUGAUAAAGCAUUAAUCUUACAAGAAAAAAACAACAGUGAUCCAGGCAUAGUUGUCCCCAAACCUGACAACUCCACUUUUGAUGCAUCAAAAUCUUCCUGUCAGAGUACCAUGGACAUUACCAAUGGCAAGAAUAAAUCUAUGGGUGAGAAAUUCGACAUGUGUCCAGAGCAGGAUCAUGAAAAGGAGAUACUCUGGAAUGCCUCAUUGCCUAAUCAAGACCAUAGUGUGACUCAAGAUAGUAAGGAAGAACUCCCUUUACCACAUUCUCUUACCUUAAAGACACAUUCUCCAAUUCCAGCACCUCCUAUGGCAACACCUGCUCUAGAUAAUCUCAGCGCCCGCACCAUUCUCCAUUUGGACCUGUCUUCCCCAUUACCACCUGCUGCCUUGAAUGUUCUAAAAAGGCAGGCAGAACAUAUGCAUCCUCUCUGUAGACAGGUUAUGGUUAGUCCAACAGAGAUGAAGUCGUUAGGAAAAGAGAGACCAAAGCAGAUCAAUCGCAUUGAGAAGAAACUGAUGACUAGUAUGUCCCACAGACUAUCAUCUGACCUUCUCAAAACAUCAUUUAAAGAAAGCUCUCUUGUAGCACCAGAAAAGAUUGUGGAAAGUCAACAAUCAGUGACUCAGUGCAACACUGCAAAAUCAGCCUUAUCGGUGACCACAGUAGAUGGACCUGAAUCUGUGGACCCAGAUGAAACUAUAAACCUGCAGGCAUGUAAGGAGAUGGUGAAUGUGCUCCAGCACACCAUGCACAGAGCAGCCAGCUUUUACAGCAAAUUGCAAGGCAUUAAUGAGUUGUCAGACCAGCAGAUGCAGAUGAAAAGCAUGCUUCAGGAAGCCUUCAGUGGGAUUCUACAGGAGCUUCACUGUCUUAGUCCCCAGGAUCUGAACUCUGUUGUCACUCAACUACCAGAGGACUCUCCAGGUCGUCAGCUUAGGGAUGAUCGUGCUAUGGCCCUGCUAGAGAGAUACUCUGACAUGCUACUAUUACGCAUGUCUGAAAAGAAGUUGGAAUCCAAUUGAGUUAUCUACACAUGGCUUAGCAUGAACAGUAAAUCUGCUACAGGUAUUGUCAAUGCUGAUGCUUCCAAGUCUGUUUACACAAAACUGCUUACUUUUUCUUUGCACAAAAAUAAGCAUCUAUUGUUGCUUUUCUUGCACAAGUGCUUUAAUUAAUUGCACUUGUCUUUAGUAUUUCAUAUGUCCAGUGUUUCACUUUAAAGCUCUGAUUAAAAUCUGUAGUCUUUGUCACAAAUUAUUUAUUAAUGCAGAAUUAGUUUUUUUUUUUUUUUGCUACACAGCAACAUAAAAGUAAACAAACAUGUUUCAUAAAAGCUUACUGAGACUUUUGUUUGACAUGUGCUUUUUCUGAAAGGGAAUUCCAAAUUUGAUGUCAUUCCCCCCCAGUCUUUAAGGUGAAGAAAAAUAUAGUGUCUUAGUAAGGUGUUGGGCUAUGACAAGCUGUUUAAUGCAAUGAUGAUGGUAAUGGUACGGUAUAUCCUUUCAUUAAAAGUUGAAAGUAUUACUUGAGGUGAAUGCUUAUUGAGAGACAUACUCAUUUCAUUUCACAAGUUUUUUGCAAAUUAGUUUUUGACCAGUUUUUAGUUUUUUUUUUUUUUUUUUUUUUUUUUUUUAAAUCACAGUGGUGAUGCCACCCAGUUACAAAUAUGUGUUUUUCUCGUUGUUGUCUGUUUUGAGGAGUGUUGCACAAAACCUGUUGUAUUGGUCACAUUGUGUGUCUUUGCAGAUUGCUGUGUACAUGUUGCAGAUGUAUGUGUUUGACCAAUCCUUAGGCUUUCUUAAUAGCCAUUUUACAAAUACCUGUAAAUAUGUUUUUAACUAUAAACUCUUAAACUACCAGCUUUUUUUUAUAAUAAAGAAUGUGGUUUUAAAGAA